AUCUAACACACUUCCUGCCCCCACACAGGCACUGUACAUAAACUUUGUAGGAGUUCUAGGAUGUUAUAUAAUAGAAAUGGCCGGGGGAGCCCAACAGCGCUCUGGGAAAUGUAGUGUUUUCCCCGCACCCUCAGCCUGAACAGUGCGCACAGCAGGACUACAUCCCCCACACACCCCGCAAUCUGCGCCUGGCAUAAUGUGCCGCCUGAAGGUUGUUAGUGGGAGACGGAAGUAUAUUUCCCGUUGUAGCAGCAGGAGCAGAAGAUGAUUAGAGCUGCUAUAAGGCAUUCUGCCAGGCCUCUUUAUAGCAGGCUGUGCUCAUCCUAUGUUAAACAAACACGAUUUCUGUUUGAACUGAAGGAAAAUGACGAUGCUUGUCGCCAGGCUCUGAGCUCAGGAUCUUUCUAUCUAUUCCACAAUCUUUCACCACUUGUUCGGAAGUCCGGUAACCGCUACUAUGCACCCACAGUUAGCUGCACAGAUUUAUUGAAAGUCCUCAGUCACUAUGGAAAGGACAAGUUUAAUUUGGAAGAUUCGGUACUUGUUGACUGCUCAGAUUCAUGCAUUGCAGAGUUUGCGCUGGAUCUUGGAACUUUGGACAAAUUUAAUUUGGAAAAAGAAUUUUCAGGAAAAUUCACUGAACUGUCCAAGGCUGCUGUCAAAAUUGAUGGAAAAGAUGGUCCUGCACUAUCCAAGGCACAUUCCCUUCUGCACUGGCAUGAGACUAACCAAUACUGCAGUAAAUCAGGAAAUCUCACCCAGAAAAACCUGUCUGGGAGUAAGCGAGUGUGUGGUGCUAAUGGAAUGAUCCACUACCCACAGAUGUCUCCAGUGGUCAUCACACUUGUGUCUAGCAGAAACCGUUGCUUGCUUGCCCAUCAGGAAAGCUUCCCGGCUGGGAUGUACACAGCACUUGCAGGUUUCUGUGAAAUUGGUGAGACAGUGGAGGAGGCAGUACGGAGGGAGGUAGCAGAAGAAGUUGGGCUGGUAGUGGAUGCUCUCAGAUAUUCUGGAUCCCAGCACUGGCCAUUCCCUAUCAGCUCACUAAUGGUGGCAUGUCACGCCACAGCGAAGGAUGAAGAGCUCAUUAUCAACAGAGCAGAGAUAGAAGAUGCCAGGUGGUUCACCUUGGAAGAGGUGAUUGAAGCUCUUCAAGUGAAGAUGAUGCCGAAUAAUCUACCAGAUGGCACUUUGCCAGUUUGGGUACCACCAAAGCUUGCGAUAGCACAUCAGCUUAUACAGGAAUGGGUACAAGAGCAGACAAGCAGUUAAUGAUUACAGUAAUCCCACACUCUCUGUUUAGAAUAUUAAAGUACCAACUUUUUCAAAUGUAAAUGGACCAGUUUUCUCGUGUUAGAAAACAAAUGUAAAUGGACCAGUUUUCUCGUGUUAGAAAACCAUACAUACAGAUGUGUCCUCAUACACUGUUGCUCAAGACGCUGCAAAAAGCCCCUCUCGGUAGCAAGCGAGAGUGACUAAAACUACUUUGCUAGAUUACACUGAUCAAUUUGAUACACAACAUUUGUACAUUUGUGUGUGACUGAGCCUGCAUCUGUGUGAGAAAUGCUGUGGUGCAGUGACUGCAGCUUUUUCUCACGAAGUUCCGUUGUGCUUCAUCUGCGACUUUGUAUGUGUUUAAAUCUAAUUCCAUCAGUCGAGUACACUUUGAAUAGUGUUUUGCUGCAUCUAUGAUGUGAAUAAGAUGCCAAAUGUAAAGAAUACUACGGUAUGUUUCUCCUCUCUGUCGCAUCAGGUGCGUACAGACGUUAGGUGUAUGAGGACACAUGUAGAGUUCACAUCAAUAACUGUGCCAUUUUAUUUAUAUUAAUAUUAAUUUGAAGAUUCAAUAUUCCUAAUGGAAUUUUAAUUUCUCUUACGUCCUAGAGGAUGCUGGGGACUCCGUAAGGACCAUGGGGA